AUGGAAGGAGGGGCAAGUAAACCUCCAAGUGAGGCUAUCAUAGUUCUAUCCAGCGACGACGAUGAAGAUGAAGACGUCCAAGAGCUUUUUAAACAGUUUAUCGUAAAAGCAGAGCGACAUAUUCCACACUAUGUCGUAGUUUUUCUGAAAGUGAAAUUCGCUGAAGCUCCCUCGGAUUUCGUGUCGUCCACGAAGUUCAAAAGUUCUGUCAAAUGGAGAACAAAACAGCUUGACGAGUCGAACGCGUUUAUCUUUACUGGAGAUGUUUGCAAGCUUCUUGGUGCAGAUCUGAAGCAGGAUGAGUUUAAAUCGAAAACGGAAGGAGUGAAGAAAGCAGAGCAAGAAGCCAUCGAUGGAGUUUUUAGUUCCGCACGAAACAAGAUCACGAACCGCGUGGAGGAAAAUGUAAACAAAGACGCAGUCCGUCUGACGACGGAUCGCAGCGAUGGAAAGGAAUCUGGUAGCGUUGUCCGAAAAAAGGAUUCUGUAAAGACGGCUACAGAGGCAAGUACAUCCUCAGCUGAAUUCUCUACAAGCGUGCACGUGGAAGUUACGAAGGAAGGAAAAAGUAAAAGAAAAACCAAUGGAACCACGGAUCCUUCGCGAUCGAAACUUCCACUCACUCCUCGAAAGCGACAGGUACGCAUAAAUCGACUUAAGGAGAAACUAAAACACGUAAGUGAUAAAAUAAAGAUUCUCAAUCAAGCAGAGUUGAGCUUGGAGGAGAUGAACAUGAGUGAUAGCACCUACAUCCAAGAGUGCCGGCUGAAAGAGCGCUUUAACAAAAUCUGGGCUAAAUUAUGCAAAAUACGGGGAAGACCAACAGACACAGGACGGGUAAUCGAAAAGGAUGUCAAAUGCCCUUCCACAGGCUUCCCAGAGAUUGACAGGGCUGUAAACAAGUUCCUAAAGAAAAAAAGAGGUCGCUUUCCAGACAAAUUUGACAUUUCUAGAGUCAUUCAAGAUGCAAAGAGGGAGCAUGGCUUGAAAAUAUCAUCUCAAGCCCUUAGGGAGAUCAGUGAUGAGGUUUUUGUUGCCAUUGGAAACAAGUUGCAAGAGAGACGCAAACUAGAUUUUUCCAACAAUUUUGGUUGUCAUCUUACGGAUGACUACUCUGCCAGUAAUGACCCUGCAAUAAAUGAUCUCGCCCUUCAAAGGAAAUUGGAAGAGAACAAGAAGAUAAGCAAAAGGGCCCUGGAAGAUGUUUUUAAUAAGUAUGCUCAUUAUGGACGCAUGAAAAAUGAAGGCAGUGAUGCUUCUAGUAGCAGUGAUUCAGAGAGAGAAAAAUCACAAAGCAGCAAAAUGAAAAGGAAAUUUUCUCGUGUUUCUGUCCAAGAAUCAUCAGAUUCUAGUGAAAAUGAACGUGAUGAUUUAGGAUUGGAUUUUGAGGACCCAAAUGAGGAUAAAACUUAUCGCAGUAAGUCAGUUUUAGGAAAGAGAGACAAGGCACACUCAAUUCGGAAAUUAUCAUAUACUAGUGAGAAUGGCCUUGAUGAUUUUGCUUUUAAACGGCCACAUCACAAUAGUGAAAGAACUAAGCACACAGAAAGUAAAAGCAGACAAAGUGCUGAAAACCAUCAUUUACCAGCAACAAAACGAAUUGAACUUACCAGGGACUGUGCUGUUGUAGAAAUACCAUCCUCUGUGUUGUCCGAAUCCAUCAGUAUUGAGCAAGUAGAGGUUGUGGAUGUGCGUCAAAAAUGCAGCAAUGAUAGCUAUGAAACCACAGCAGAGUCAAAUGUGUUGGACAACUCGGAAAUCUCCUCUCUGCCAGAUACUCACCAAUCUGAUGAUGUUAUAUUGAAAGAUCAACAAAUUAAUGAUUGCGUCAAGAGUCGAGAUUCAAAUUUAGACAACGAAGUUUUGACCUCAAGAUCUGUUGACAUUUCUGCAUCCAGCAAUGACCAAGCCAGUCCUGGAAUGUCUCGUAGUGGAACUGAUGUUUUGGCUGCUACAGUGGCUAGCUCUUCUGGUGUUUCAAGCGAUGUUAGCAACAAAAUAAGCAUGAAAACAUCUGGCAAAGCAACUGCAGGAAAACAAAAAGACAUGAGAGAAGCACUUUCACCAGAAAAUAGUGUUGCUAACAGUCAAUCUGAUAAUCCAAACGUUGUCCCAUCUGUAUCUCUAAAAGAUCGUAAGCCAUCAAUACUGUCUCUUAGCAUGAAGAAGAGAAAAGCUGAGGGUGGAUCACUGGAAUAUGAAUCUCCUCUUAAAGUCUUCCGUAAUGCAACCUUGGAAAUUGUGGGAAAGAAGGAUAAUAUCCUAAAUGCUAAAGGAGACACUUCUGAGCAGAAAGCAAAUUGUGGUAAAGUUGCUUCAUCCUCUAAGAGUGAAGAUGAUGAACUAUACAUAACGGGCACUAAUGUCUCUCCAAGCCAAGGCACAGUCAAUGGCCAUUCUCAUGUGCAAAAUAAUGAACCAAGAAAGUCAGCAUUGUCUUUGAAAAAAAAUGGAAGAAAAACCCCAAAGAAAGUGGAAAUCGCUGAUGAAAUAAUUGUGCUUUCAGAUGAUGAGUGA